ACUUAUUUUAUUUCCAUACUUCCAGAUGUCGGCCAUCACCAGCAACAUUAUCUACAGCUAAGGAGGUCACUGGUCCCUUGAAAAUGGCCUCUUCUGUUCGAUUACACCCAAGGAAACACAGAAAUGAGGCUUCUAGCCCGAAUCCCCUUCCAGAACUCAUACAAACACCGUCCGGCUUAGCAAUCUUAGAGCUUCAAGGGACCAUCAACCUCCCCGAGAAUCAUGGAACCGGUGAGGACAAUUCUCAAGAAAUAGCUGUUGGACGUAUUGUAUUCCCAGAUUACCAUCCAGAAACCCAAGACCCUUCUAGCACUUCCUGGAUGAAAAGAGUCCACCUAUACGUGGGCGAGCACCAGAGACUCACUGGAGAAGUCAAGAAACUUCCAAAAGCUAUAGCUAUCAUUAAGAAGCGAGCCAACUCCGGGGAAGAUGUGAACAUGAACGACGGAAAUUCGGAAUCUGCGGCGGAGGACCUCGAGGUGGUUGAGAUCGUCAAAUACAAACUUGUGUUUUCUCAACGCCCAGAGCCUGUAGGGACAGGAUGAAUCCCCGCCAGCGGAUAUGGACCAAAUAAAAUCCAGCGGCAAUUUCGAUAUAAAAGUAUCACUGGGCCUACCUGCUACGCCUUACUCGGGUGCACCGCUUGAGGUUAAAGCUAGAAGUAUUCCGAACAUACUUCUCCGUUUCUACGCUCUUGACUUUAAGAGAAACUCGGGGAACUAUGUAGUCGUCAUAUGGGGCUCGAUGUAACAUCAGCGAUGGCGCUGGGGAGGCAUUGAAUCUUUCGGUCUAAUGAGUUAGAUCGUACGGGGUUGAUAUUGCGAAUUCCUAGGAGGAUGGCUCGUCGAGUCGUCGCAGUCCUCAAUGUCUAUUCAUGGAGAGACUAUUCAAACACAGUGAAAAGGGGUAGGACAGUACAGUGAAGAUGUACCCACUUACGGUACAAAUGGCUAGACAUGAUACCAAUUAUAUUCUUGUAUGAGACAUCUUCACUUAUCUCAUUAAUCUGAUUGUAUUCAUUUCAUAUGAGCAUCUUUGUCAAUAACGAAUAGACCUAAUCCCCUACUAGGAAUAUAUAAUUCACACGAG